AUGACAAUGGAGGUCGUGAGGUAAACGCCUGGGCACAUGAACAACGCUCGUACCCUUAGGAAGUGAUACCCCUGUGUGGGGCAGAUAGGACAACGCUCACACCCCUAGGAGCUAAUACCCCAAUGUGGGGCAGUAAGCUGCCAGUCGGCAGCGCCUUUGUUAUCGAUCAGGCAGGCAGUGAGUGGCACUGAGGGCGCAGUCCACGUCUUUCCCGCCCCCCGCCAUUCCUCGGCACGGCCAGGCUGUAACCCGAUCCUGAGCGGAGGGGAGGAGGAGGAGGACUCGUCUCUCCCUCUCUCUCCUUUCUCCGCUGGAUUUUUUUUUUCUGUUUCCUGUCUGGUAUUGUGCUGGGGAGCGGAUGUGUGCAUCGCCCACAGGUGUGUCUGUGCCUGGCUCCUCUCAUCCAGUACCAGGGAAUCACCUCACCGAGCUCUCCGCUCAGCUAUGGACGCCGCCGGCUGACUGCGCUUGGACCUAGGGGACUCGGAGCUGCCGAUCUGAAACUAGUCAAUAAAUCUGAGUAGUCCGUGUCUUCUGUCCAAGUUCCUGAAUAACAACAGGGUGAAGUCCCGAGCAUUAACAAGGAAAGCCGAAUUUAAAUUAGCAAAAUAAAAAUUAAUUUAUCCAGAAAUGGCCACAUGGAUCCACCUUGUAAACAUCUUUAUCUUUAUUGCUCAAGUAUCAACCAUAGAACAGUUUCCAUUUUUUUUGAGUGACACAGAGUUAAAUCACCUAAGAAUUAAUGAGGGCACUGGUGAAGUGUACAUAGGGGCAGUUAAUCGACUUUAUCAACUCUAUGGGAACCUUAGUUUACAUUUCAACGUUAGUACUGGACCAAGACUUGAUCACAAGAAAUGUACGCCACCUAUUGAUUUCAGCCAGUGCCCUUCUGCAGCUCAAACAGACAAUUAUAAUAAAUUACUUGUUCUUGAUGUGCCAAAAGGAAGGAUAAUUGUUUGUGGUAGCAUAUUUAAAGGAAUCUGCUCUCUAAGAAAGUUGAACAACAUAACAGAACUGAUGUUUUAUGAUGAUAGCAGGGGAGAGAAGUCAUUUGUUGCCAGCAAUGAUGAGAAAGUUGAAACUGUGGGAUUGGUAUCUGACAUGAGUGAAGAUGGCCCUAGGGUUCUGUUUGUUGGAAAAGGCACUAGCCAACAUGAUAAUGGAAUAAUUAUUAGUACUCGAAUACUGGAUGAAAUGGACGACAAAGGCCCAUUUGAAACGUACGUGGAUUCCGCCACCUUUAAAUAUGGUUAUUCUUCUGCGAGCACACAAGAAUUUGUCACAGUUUUUGAAGAUUCUCAACAUGUUUAUUUCAUAUCUAGCCUAUUGGACAAAAACAAUAGUAGAAAUCGGACAUUCAUUACACGUCUUUGUAAAUCGGAUUACAACUAUUUUUCCUAUGUUGAGAUGGAUCUUGUAUGUAAAGAUGAGAACAUUCCCUACAAUAUCUGUACCUCUGCCUACCUUGCAAUCCCAGGAGAAAACUUGGCACAUGCAAUGGGAAUCUCUGACAUCAACGACAAAGUUCUCUUUGGGGUUUUCAGCACUUUUGACAACAAUCAGGAGAAAUCUGCUCUAUGUAUGUUUUCUUUGGAGAAUAUUUCUAAGAAGUUUGAAGAAAACCGAGAAUUAUGUUACACUAGCGAUUCAGAGCCACUAAAUGAUAAUGGGGAGAGUAUAUUCUCCAAACCAUUUGGUGAUAAGAUAGGCUGUGGCGGAAAGCAGUAUCCGACUCCCAAUGAGUCUAUCAAGUAUCCAUGUGGAUCAGAACACUUGCCAUACCCAUUGCAGAGCAGGAAUGGUGUAGUUGCAAAUGCUGUUCUAACCCGUGCAAAUAACCCCUAUACCUCUGUAGCAGUAUCUGUAGAAAAAGAGCACACCAUAGCAUUUCUGGGAACAGCAGAAGGAAAACUGAUAAAAGCUUUUCUACAUGAUCCGCCAAGAGAGUACAGAGUUGUGCCAUUCGAUACUAAAAGUACAGUGAAAAAUGGAAUGGUUUUUGAUGCUGCCAAAGAACACGUCUAUGUAAUGACUAAGAAGAAGGUGCACCGUGUUCCUGUUCAGGACUGUUCCCGAUAUUCGGACUGCAGUGAGUGUACUCAGGCAAAGGAUCCUUAUUGUGGGUGGUGUGUGAUAGAUGGAAAAUGCACCAUAAAAAAAGACUGUGAUCGAGCCAGUGAACCAUAUCACUGGUUGUGGAGUCCUGAUGUUGUCUGCUUGAAGAUUGAAAGUGCAUAUCCAAGUAAUAUGAGUGUUAAACAUCUAAGUAAUAUUGUGUUAAGUUUUGCACCAUCAAUAAAACUGCAUGAAGAUGACCAGUUGAAGUGUAACUAUGGAGAAAACAACAAGACAGCCAUUCUGGGAGAGGACGGAUCUAUUUCUUGUCCUCAACCUGAUAGUAUACCCACCACUGUUAAUGGAUAUGAUUAUGUUAAUGUCACUAUAAAACUUUUUUUGACGAAAAAUGAUGUGUUCAUUGCUGAUUAUAUCUAUAAGUUCUACAACUGUGAAGAGUCAAUGAACCUUUCGGAGAAUUUACCAUGCAUUUCUUGUGUAAAUGCCAAAUGGGAAUGUCAGUGGGACAUAAAAAAUCAUAAAUGUAUUGACACGCCUCCAAGUGAUGAACUCACUACAAUUAACAAGGAAGAAGAUUGUCCACAGUUCUAUGAACCAAAUCCAUCAUUUAUCCCAAUGGAGCUAAAAAGAACAAUAACAUUUUAUGGGAAAAAUCUUGAAAAAUUGGAAAGUAAAUCCUUUAUCGCUGGGAACGAUAAGCUGGUAUUCAGAGCUCGUGUAGUAGAAGAGGAGAACUCGUUUUCAAUUUCAAUUCCAGAGUUACCUGCUCAAGAUGAAGAAUCCACUUCCCUUAAAAUUUACAUUAAACUGAAUAAUCAGAAGAUUGACAGCAGUUUGAAUGUAAACUUGUACAACUGCUUUUAUGGAAGAAGUGAUUGUAGUUUGUGUCGAGCUGCUGACACUAAGUAUGAGUGUGUCUGGUGUAACAACAAAUGCGUCUACAAAGAUAUGUGUAAUAUAUUUUCUGCAACGGAGUGUCCCAAUCCUUCCAUCACAGAUUUUACACCAAAAGCUGCACCCUUAAAUGGAGGUAUACUUCUCACUAUAAUGGGAUCAAACUUGGGAAUAACACCUGAGGAUGUGGAAGAAAUUAAAGUUGCAGGCGUGAACUGUACUUUCAGGAGAGAGCACUACUCCGUUUCGACCAGGGUGAUAUGCGAAGUUGGACCAGCCCAUUAUGCACAGUCUGGACACAUUAAUAUGCUUGUAAAUAAGAAGGAAGGAAUCUCACCAAGCAGUCUUACUUUUACAUAUCAGGAACCAGAACCAACAUCAGUAAGACCAGACAAAGGUGUACUUGCUGGGGGAACAAUUAUUACGAUAUUCGGAAACAAUUUAGAAACUGGUUCAAAAAAUGAUGUCCAAGUGUCUCUUGAUGGUUUCCCUUGUACAGUUGUUUCAUUUGGUGAAGAAAUAAUCUGCAUUACAAGUCAAGCAAAGAAAGAAGGAACUGUCAAAGUGAGGUUGUCCUAUGGUACUAAUACUGUAAAAGAAGCUGGAAAAUUUACAUACAGAAGCAAUCCCACCAUUACCCAGUUUAACCCUGAUCGCAGCUUUGCCAGUGGGGGAAGAAAGAUCUCUAUCUCUGGGAUAGGAUUUGAUCUUGUUCAGAAUUUCAGUAUGAUAGCUUUAUUGCAGUCAAGAAGGGAAAAAAGAGAACUGGAUGACAAUACUUUUCAAGUAAUAGAAAAGCAAGGAAUCCUUGAAAAAGUCAAUGACACAGUAAUAAUAUUCUCUUCUCCUCAAGUACCGGAAAAUUACCUGAACUCUGAGGUUAUUGUAGUGAUUAAAAUGGAUGGGUUUGUGACACCUCUGCAGACAACUGAACUCUCUUUCAAUUAUGUCUCUGAUCCUACUUUUGAUAACUUCACAGAUGGUAUCAAGAAACAAGUGAACAAUCUCAUUAAUGCAAAGGGCAGUAAACUGAAUGAAGCUAUGACUAUAGAAGAGGCUAAAGCUUUUGUUGGUGAAGGUAUUUGCAAGAUAAAUACUUUAACUGCGACUGACUUGUACUGUGUUCCACCUGAGGAGCAACCUCCACCCAGGAGGCGCCAUAAGAGAGACACCACGGAUAACUUGCCAGAAUUUACGGUUCAAUUUGGAAACAGAGAAUGGAUACUGGGAAAAGUAGAAUAUGGACAGUCCCCUGCUAUUCCUUUACACAUAAUUAUUCCAGUAGUCCUCAUACCAAUGAUCCUAAUAAUCAUCACCGCAGUUUACUUCUAUCGGAGGAAGAGUCAGCAAGCAGAGCGAGAGUAUGAGAAAGUGAAACAGCAACUAGAGGGUUUAGAAGAAAGUGUCAGAGAUCGCUGCAAGAAGGAAUUCACAGAUCUUAUGAUAGAGAUGGAAGACCAAACAAAUUACCUCAGUGAAACUGGAAUUCCAUUUUUGGAUUACAAGAUGUACACAGACAGAGUAUUCUUCUGGCCUUCCAAAGAUGGGGAGAAAGAUGUAAUGAUCACUGGGAAACUUGAUAUUCCAGAAGCAAGGAGACAAACCGUAGAACAGUCAUUGAACCAGUUUUCAAACCUACUGAACAGCAAGUCAUUUCUCACAAUUUUUAUCCACACUCUAGAAAACCAGAAGGAUUUCUCUGCCAGGGAAAAGCUUUAUUUUGCCUCCCUGCUUACAGUUGCCUUGCAUGGAAAGCUGGAAUACUACACAGAUAUCAUGAGAACCUUAUUUGUGGAAUUGAUGGAGCAGUAUGUGGCCAAGAAUCCCAAAUUGAUGCUAAGAAGAUCUGAAACUGUUGUCGAGAGAAUGCUUUCAAAUUGGAUGUCUAUAUGUUUGUAUCAGUUCCUAAAGGACACAGCUGGUGAGCAUCUAUACAAACUCUUCAAGGCAAUCAAACACCAAGUGGAGAAGGGUCCUGUGGAUGCUGUGCAAAUUAAAGCCAAAUACACCCUGAAUGAUACUGGAUUACUGGGGGAUGAUGUUGAAUACACACAGUUGACUGUUAACGUCAUUGUUCAGGAUGAAGGGUUGGAGCCUGUACCAGUGAAAGUAUUAAACUGUGAUACAAUCACACAAGUUAAGGAAAAAAUAGUUGAACAGGUUUAUAAAAACCUUCCGUACUCGCAUAGACCAAAAGCUGACAGUUUGGCAUUAGAAUGGCGACCAGGCUCAACAGCACAAAUACUGUCUGACUUGGAUUUAACAUCACAGAAGGAAGGCAGAUGGAAACGGAUUAAUACACUAAUGCAUUACAAUGUUAGAGAUAAUGCCACGCUUAUAUUAUCAAGAAUUGGAAUUUCUCAGCAACAUGAAGAAAAUCACCAAGACUUUCCAGGAGAAAGGCAUGCACUACUAGAAGAUGAAAACAAAAUAUGGCAUCUUGUACGUCCAGCAGAUGAAGUUGAUGAAGGUAAAUCCAAAAGAGGAAGCAUGAAGGGCAAAGAACAGACAAAGGCUAUAACAGAAAUCUAUCUGACACGGCUUCUGUCGGUCAAGGGUACGCUCCAGCAGUUUGUAGAUAACUUCUUUCAUAGUGUCCUUAAUUCCAAUCAAGUGGUUCCCCCUGCUGUUAAAUAUUUCUUUGACUUCUUGGAUGAGCAAGCAGAGAAAUAUGAAAUCAAAGAUGAAGAUACAGUUCACAUAUGGAAAACAAACAGUUUAUCGCUACGGUUUUGGGUUAACAUACUAAAGAACCCACACUUUAUCUUUGAUGUUCAUGUACAUCAAGUAGUGGACGCUUCCUUGUCAGUAAUCGCACAGACUUUCAUGGAUGCUUGCAGCAGGACGGAGCACAAACUAAGCAGAGAAUCCCCCAGCAACAAGUUGCUCUAUGCAAAGGAAAUUUCAACGUACAAAAAAAUGGUGGAAGACUAUUACAAAGGAAUCCGUCAAAUGGUACAAGUUAGUGACCAGGACAUGAAUACACACUUAGCAGAAAUUUCAAGGGCACAUACAGAAUCCUUAAACACAGUGGUAGCACUACACCAGCUCUAUCAGUAUACAAAGAAAUAUUAUGAUGAGAUAAUAAAUGCUCUAGAAGAGGAUCCCAGUGCACAGCGCAUGCAGUUAGCAAUCCGGUUACAGCAAAUAGCAGCUGCCUUAGAGAAUAAAGUCACUGACCUUUGAUUGUGAUGGCGGGAGAGAAAGAAGCAUGGAAAUGAAGACUUUUUUUUCUUCCUAAGAAACAGAGUGUUAUAUUUUUAAAAUGCCCUUUUUGCCUUUUCUUUUUUUUUUCUUUUUUCUUUUUUUUUUUUUUUAGACGUAUUUGUCUUGCACAGUUUAAAAAGGAGACAUUGUUUUUACUGUAAAUUAUGCCUCAAAUGAAACCUGUGUUCUGUGGGACAGUUUUUAUAGGCGAUGCUGACAAUGGCGUUGACAUUUUUAAAUUCAUUAUGCAAACAUACUAAAUUUGUAAUGCCACUUCUAGUAAAAGCAAUACAUAUGCCAAGCAAUCAUUUCAACACAUUAGAACAUAGUUAAUCCUAUGCUUCCCCGAUAUUUCCUGUUUCAACAACUGGACAAGUAAUGUGAAUUGGUAGCACUAUUUCCAUUCUCCACAAUGUGCCAUGAGGUAUCAUGCAAUGCAGUGUAUUGCUACCCACCUUUUAAUGGAGUUCUGAAUGCUGCCAAUAGGAAGCACAAACUGAAAUUAGUGUUUUGUUUUUCGUUAUUAUUAUUUUAAAAUUUAUUUUAUAUAAAUAUACAUUCUAAUGUGCCUUACAUGUACCAGUUAAUGAACGACUGAAGAUACAUGAUUUUGUAAAGAAUAUAGAAAAUUUUAUUUAUGUCACUGAUUUUUUUUUUUUUGUCUGUGACCAAACGUAAUGAAUUGUGUGUCAAUGACAUACACAUUGACAUGAUUACUAUGUAAAGUUUUAAUAUGUUUAUCAUGUAUUAAAAUGUUACCGGAAUUUUACAUCUUUAUCUGGUAGCUAAUCUUAAAAGCACCUUUUCGUUGUAUCUCUACAUUAGGAAUGUAAAUUGCUAUAUAUGAUGUUAGACCACAACCAGCAUCUGAUUGUACAUUUCAGUACCCAAUAAAGAGUCUUACAUCCCUUUAUUAUUAAUGUAGCAUCAACACUAGUUACAUUGCUUGUUAUGUAUAAAAUUGUCGCAUUUGUGUCAAAUAUGUAUAGGCCAUGUGACUACCCAUCAUUUAAAAUUGCCUUAGUUCUGACUUUACUGAAAACUGAUUUCUUUUUGACACCUCCAAAGCAUCUUUGUUAUGUUUAAAGUGGUUGUCAAGCACU